AUGGGUGGCACAAACGGCCCUUCUCAGGGCCAAGACAGAACUCGUUCAAGAUCACGUCAUCGAGGAAAUGCUGUGAACGAACCGGCUGGCACCUCGGUGUCCUCCCGAUCCGGCGACAGAACAACAUCUCCAGCCCGCCAAGUCACACGAAGCCAACGAACGCCUAUGAUCGCAGGACAAAGCGAUGCCCCCGCGGAACAGGCUACAAGACACCUAACUUCGCCAGCGCUAACAAACGCGCCCUCAACACGCCAAGCAACAAUCGCAAUAUCGUCGACGCCACAUCACUUAGCAACACCCGCAAGCAUGUUGCAAUCACAAUUACUACAACCAUCGGAAAAACCCGAAAAGCAGCCCCUAAUGAGUCACCAUUCAACAGCGCACGCAGGUGUGCUUCAAAUGAGUCAUCGCUCUACGGUGCACACAGGUGCGCAAACAAUGACUCACCACCCGGCAGCGUACUCAGGUACCCCGCCGUCACCGAGCGUAACCGCCACAACGCCUCAAACAGUCGUCGCGAACACAACCUCCAGUCUCGCGCCGCACGCACCGGAAAGCAUGGAUACAGACUCCAUCUCAAUCAGACGUCACCGCCCCUCCGAACUCAUUUCCAAUGAAAAUGUAUCGGAUCAACCAAAAAGACACUGCCCGUCAGGAAGCAUAAACGCAACAUCUCGCGACCCGAGAUUACGAAGCCAUGAAACCUUCGCCGGAGCGCUCCGAGCUCAAACCGCUGCUACAAACGCCCCAGCCACCACGCCCGCCGCCACUACAACAGCCCCUGCCGCCCCCGCCACAUCCACGAGAUCAAAAUACCCACCACUGAUAGCAGAAACGCUACCAAACUGGGCAAAGCACUUCCCCACAAUCACACCGAAAACAAAACCGGCAGCCACUCCUACGGCUCCGGUCUUACUCGAGAGUGACGGCUCCACAUUGAUGGCAGCCGCAAACAACCCCCAUCUAAGCCCCCGACGCAAGCUGCGAGGCAAAAAGAAGAAAAAGAAGAAUACAACCACUCAGAAAGCUACCACUGAAAACGCAGUGUUCUCUUUUCAAGCUGUCGCGGCUCCGCAAGACGCCACACCUAACCACGGCGUCACAAGCAAUCACGGUGAAACAAGCACCCCCAUAACUCAGGCCGCUACACCUGUGUUCUCUGCAUUCACAACGCAAGCUCAGACACCUGCACCAUCACCUCUAGCAAAGGUCAAGCCACCAAGUUAUAAUUUCGCAACAGCAAAAAGCAAUGCUACCAGUACGGCCUCCUUCAACUUCAACACCGUCACAGCCUCCCGUCAAGACACAACAGCCUCCACACGAGGCGUUCCAAACCACUCAAACAAAGAUUGGAAAACCGCCGACCUUCCGGAUUACAAAGAACACCAGAAAAAGGCCUUAAUGAGGCCUCUCCAAGGACGCGCUCAUAGUCAUGAGCGGCGAGUGAUACCAUGGCCAGAGGGCAUAGCCCUGAAGCCAUUUCCCCACUCCUCCCCCGCAUGGGGCGUAGCGAGCGAGAAGAAUCGAGUA